CUUCGCUUUUCCUCUCUCUGCAGGCUAAACAUGGCUGCGCUCUUAAGAUCAGCCCGGCUCCUUAAAUGUUCACCGGCUGUAUUGCUGCAGGUCUUCGGAAACAGCAGACAUGUAUCGGCAGCUGGUCGUCUUUACAGCGAAGCGGUCGGGACUACUCGUGCAGGGUUAUGUGUACAGACAGUCCCGGGACGCUUAAAUGUAAACAGUUUGUCCUCAUACAGAUUGACCCUGCCCUGUGUGAGCUGUCGUCAGUAUGGUGUUGUCCCGGAGCAGAGUGGGCUGGUGAAGGAUGAGCCCAGUGUGGCGGUCCGUUCCAAGCAGGCUCAGCAGUUUGACUGGGCUCUUGCCAAACUAGACAGCUCAGUCCGAAGGACAGGCAGGGUCACCAAAACACUGCUGCUGCGUAUCUUCCAUGAUAUUUGCAGAACAGGAUAUCCAAGUGGAAAUCAAGCCCUGUUGUUGCUGAGAAGCUGUGGCUCUCUGCUUCCUGAGGUUCCCUUGGCUGAGCGCGUAGAGCUGUCACAACAGAUCUGGGACAAGCUUCAAGAACUGGGCACCACCUAUGAUGUAAGCCAUUACAAUGCCCUGCUUAAGACGUACCUGCAGAAUGAGUUCAGAUUCUCUCCAACCGACUUCCUAGCUAAAAUGGAAUCUGCUAAUGUUCAGCCAAACAGGGUGACCUAUCAGAGACUCAUUGCAGCCUAUUGUGAAGUUGGCGACAUUGAAGGUGCAAGUACAAUCCUGGGCUUUAUGAAGAGCAAAGACCUGCCCAUCACAGAAGCUGUGUUCAACUCGCUAGUGACAGGCCAUGCCCGUGCAGGGGACAUGGACAGCGCUGAAGGCAUCCUAUCAGUCAUGAAAAGUGCAGGGAUUGAGCCGGGCCCAGACACGUACCUGUCUCUCCUCAACGUGUAUGCUGAGAAAGGAGAUAUUGCCAAAAUUAAACAGACUCUAGAGACGGUGGAGAAUGCAGAUAUCCUUCUAAUGGACAGAGAUUUGAUGCAGGUGGUUUUCAGUCUGACGAAGGCCAGCCAUCAGCAGCAUGUGCCUGAGAUUGUGGAGCGCAUGCGUCACGAGAGAGGAUAUGUGCCAGACGCUAUGAACCUCUGCUUGAGUCUGAUUACCCACGGACAUGAAGAGACUGCGUUUUCUGUGCUAAAGAGCUUCACCGGCCUGCUGGUAGAGUCACAGACCAGUGAUUCCCCAGACUUGGGAAACUUCUUUCUUCGCCAUUGCGCCAAUAUGGACAAACCUGUGGAAAACAUAGUUGGGUUUUGCAAAGAUCUAAAAGAUUCAGGUCUGCACUCAUCGCCACUGCAGUUCACCCUUCAGUGUGCCCUGGAAGCUAAAAAGACCGGUAUGGCUGUUGAGCUCAUGAGAAGCAUGAAGGAGGAGGGCUUGCCUCUCAGACCUCACUACUUCUGUCCCCUGUUCACUCAUUACCAGAAAGACAAGAACAUUCCCGGUACUCUGCAAGCUCUGAGAGCCAUGCAAGAACUGGGCGUUGCGUCAGACUUUGAUACUUUUAGUAUCUAUAUCCUGCCAUCUUUCCCAUCAGUGGACAGUGCCCGCACUUCUCUUAAGGAGGCAGGUAUUGACGUGGACGGCAAUAUUUUGAUUGCGGCAGAAUUACGAACAGAAGCGUCACGUGGAAAUCUUGCAGGGCUGUUCUCUCUGAUGUCUUCACCUGCUCUUCCAAACAUUGACCUCAGUGCUUUCAGAGCCAGUCUGAUCUCUGGAUUCAGAGGGUUUCACAAUGUGGAGCUUAUGGCAAAGAUUACAGAGCUUCUCUAUAAAGACCCUCGGUUCAAUAGUGCUGACCCUGAAACUUCAGAAAAUGUGGCCUACUUCCUUUACAACCUGAUUGAUUCCCUGAACGAGACAGAGGUGCACUCCAAAGAAGAGCAGAUUAGGGAGUACUUCGGCCUGCUUAAGAACAUGAAUAUCAGCAUCUCGCUGAACAUCUUCAGAGGAAUCAGGAACAUUCUGGAGUCCUACCAAGUUCCAGAACUUGUCAAGGAUGUCCUUGCUCUUGUGGAUAAAAAGGAAAAUGGGUUGGAGACUGAUGCAACACUGCUUAGAGGUUUGGAGGGGAAACUUUCAUUCCUGGAGAAGACCCUGGCAGAGCUGAAAGCUGAGGGCAAGCCAGCCAGUUCCACCCUCAAAAAAGUAAUCACUGUCCUGUGUUCCGAGGAGAGACUGGAGCGAGCUCUGGAGCUUAAAACUCAGUAUGAAACGGAUAUGACUCCUGCCGCAUAUGCCACGCUCAUCAACUUGUGCUGCCGCCAUGACAAUGCCGAGGAAGCCCUCAAGCUAAAGAUGGAAUUGGCUCGCAAGGACUCUGAGGCAACGCUGGAUGCUCAGAAGUAUGUGGCCUUGGUCCGAGUGCUAUCCAAACACGGCAAGCUGGAAGAGGCGAUAGACAUGCUGAAGGAGAUGAAGGAGAAGGAUGUGCAGUUAAGGGAAAGCACAAUCGGUUUGCUCACCCUCACGAUGAACACAGCUGCGAUGAAAGGAGAUGCCAACACUAUUCGACGCCUCCAGGAGACAAUCUUCACUUUGGGCCUGGCCAAACCAUCCAGUAACCUCUGCUCACCCCUCAUCUCUUGCUAUCUGGAGAGUGAGAACUAUGCGGGUGCAUUCGAUGCCACUGUGGAGGUCCAAAAACAAUACAACCAGAUGCCCAAAAUCCACGACCUCAUCUGUGGCCUGGUGGAAAAUGGAGAUGCCGAGCUGUUACAGAAAGUCAUGGAGUUUUUGAGUCAGGAGCGAGGCGAGAUGAUGAUGCUCUACGACCUUUACUUUGCGUUCCUGCAAACGGGCCGCUACAAGGAGGCACGCAAAAUCAUCGAGACUCCUGGUCUAAGGGCACGACCAACCCGUGUGCAGUGGUUUGCAGAGAAAUGCAUUGCAGCCCAACAGAUGGAGCCCCUUGAGAACAUGGUGGACAUGACUGUCAAGCUGUUCGAGUGUGACAGAGAUGACAUGUACCACUAUUUGUUACGCCUCUGCAAGGAGACCAAUGACUGGCAAAAGGCUGAGGCAACCUGGAUGAAAAUGCAAGAGGAAAAUUUGGCUCCAAGAGAGAGGACCCUGCGUUUGCUUGCUGAUAUCCUUAAAAACAAUGACAAGGAGGUGCCUUUCGAGGUGCCUGAGGUGUGGUUUGAGGAGGUCAAAGGUCAGCCUGAGAUGUUUUUGGAGCAAGAGAUCAAAUCUAGCCCCAUGGUUCAGGCUGCCCCUCGUAAAAGGGUUGCUGCUUCACCCCCUAAAGAGGCCACAGUUGAUGACUACAGACUUAAACUCCUGUCUCUUUGCAAGAAGGGCAAAGCUCAAGAGGCCAAUGACAUCCUGAAGGAAGCAGAAAGCAUGGGCAUGGUCCUCAGCCCUGCUCCAUAUGAUACCCUCAUCAAAACCCUCCUAGCCUCAGGCAACAUUGAGGAUGCCAUGGCUGUCAAAAACAUGAGUUUGUUCAAGUCACUAACACCAAGUAUGAACUCUCUUUUCUCCCUCUGCAGUGAGGACAUUGACAGUGCGGUGGAGCUGUUGGAGUCCUUUUACAUCCAGAACACAGAGAAUCAGAAAUCCAGUAUUUCUUUUGUCUUCCGCAAAGUUCUAGAUGCCAACAACGAUGCUGUACUAGAUAAAUUGAGUGCCAUGGCGGAAAGGCUCUGCAAUCACUUUGCCUCCUACAGAGCCGCUACAGACCUCUUCCUGAUUUACUUGGACACGGGCAGGACAGAAGAGGCCAAGUUCCUCCUGCAGCGCUGUGCGGCUGUCAAUGAGCAGAAGGACACAAUGUUCACAUACAUGUUGCGAGCGGCUCAGCAGCCCGGACAGGCUGCCAAAAUCAAGGCUCUGUCUGAGCUGAUUCCUGACUUCACAGAGAAGGAGAAUAUAUUUUCACAUUUGGUGAAAUGCUAUGGUUUAGACAAGGACUUCAGUUCAGCGAAGGCUCUGUAUGAGCGCAUGCAGGUUGAGGGGGUGAAGGCUGAUGAGUUGACUCUCAAGAGACUGGCGCAACUAUACAAGGAAGCUGGAGCAACUGUUCCCUUCGAAGAGCCUCCGGAGUCUUUUCGUUUCUACGCAGACAAACUGAAUAAGCAGCGCUCUGAGUCCAUGGAGCCGGCCGACAACUAAAAACAACUUGUCAUUUAUUCUUUUUGUUUUGUUUUUUUACAUUCAACAUAUGUGCACAGCUUGUGUGUUAGUUAUACUGUGAUUGUUUGUUUGUUUUUUGCCCUUCAUAAUGAUGUCAUGAUAUGGUUAAUGUGUACAUAGAUAUUUAUGCAAAUAAAUGUAAACCCAAAAGUU